GCCCAACCACACUCGUCGUUUUUCCCAUCACCACCACAUGGCGACAUUGCCGGAAUAGUAAACUGCUCUCCAAACGAAGCCCCAGCGUAUCGCCGGCCGUGGCCGACGCAUUUGACCUCGUCUCCGGCCGAUCCGAGUGCCGGACACGUGUCCCGUCCGACCUAGUGUCCUUUUCCCCGUCGCGCGAUUUCUCCAUAGAUUUGGCGGCUCCAUGCUUCAUAGUUGAAGAAGAGCGAAAUGAAUUCAGUGCAGGAGGAUGAUAUGCUUUUGGAGACUACACGGGCGAAAUUCUCAAAUGUACUUAAAAGGCAUGGAGAUCUUGCAGAGCGUCUUUCUAGGGACUCCGACAAGACAAUUUUUGAGCGUUUGCAUAGAGAGUUUGAAGCUGCACGCUCUUCUCAAACUCAAGAAAUUAGCUUGGAUGGUGAGCAAUGGAAUGAUGGUUUAUUGGCUACAUUAAGGGAACAGGUUCACAUUGAGGCAGACAUUAAGGCCAUGCAAACUUCUUGGGAAGCGGCCCAGUCUCCAAUUCCUUGUCAAGAAAAAGUUACAUAUAAAGUUGGUAAUAAGGUGAUCUGUUGUUUAGAAGGAGCAAGAAUCGGUAUACAAUAUGAGACAUCUUUCGCUGGAGAAACUUGUGAACUUUACCACUGCGUGCUUGAGAGCAAAUCAUUUCUUGAGAAGCUGACGGUUCUUGAGCAUACAGUCCCUUUUUUCCUUCCUAUACGUGAAGCGGAAAAUGAGCUCCUCUCUUCAAAUGCAAUGAAAUUCAUAGACCAUGUGGGAGAUCUGUUGCAGGCAUAUGUAGAUAGACGGGAACAGGUGCGACUUAUUAAAGAGUUGUACGGGAACCAAAUUGUACAAUUGUAUCAUAGUCUUCCUUACCAUAUGGUUGAGUUCAUGCUUAACGACUUCGAUUGCAGGAUAACAGUGUGCCUAAGAUACGCUGAUUUGGGGUCCACUAUGCCGAGUGGGGUCAGCGUUCUCGCAUGGCCAAACAAAUCCUCAACCAGGAAAGGCAAAAACUUCUCAGCAGCUCCAGUGCGUCUCGCCUAUGCAGAGGAAGCACUUCGAACCAUGAGUCUUCCCGAAGCAUAUGCAGAGAUUGUUCUUAACCUUGAAGCAGCACUGGGAGAUGUGUUUCUUGCAGGGAGUCCCGCUGCUUAGUCUGCAGUAUCUAUCUUUCUUUUUUUGUUUAAGCAUGAAUUUGAGGCCUCUGUUCUUUUGUCGAAAAAGAACCAUAUUGACUUCAUUCGUUGUACAAAAUAGAUAACUUUGAACUUGUUCCCAUGUGAGGUGUAUCUGCAAUAUAUAUCUGUGUGUGUUCGACUCUAGUCAGAUGACACCUUAUGAUUCGAUGAUCAGAUGACGUAAAGCUCCCCAUUGCCUACAACAAAGCUCACGAACAGCAAUUGUAAAGCCAUAGUUAUCUAGGCGAGAUAUUGGGGACGCCAGAUUGGUCGCCUAGCUUUUUCCGCCUAGAAUUUGACUUGUAAUUGAUUAAAACGCGACAGGUUACCUGGAACAAUCUGAAUCGCAGCACAGAUCUAGAAAUUGAAGAUAUGGUAAAAACUGGUGGAUUCAAAUCGUAUAAUCAUCCAAUUGAGGCACGAUUCGAUCUUUGAAGAUGCGAUGCGGGUAGGGCGAGGAAGUGAAUUUGCUUCUCGUCGGCUGAAUAUUGCAAUUAAUCUAAUUACUCGUACUAUUCUAUACCUAAAGGUUUUUUUUCUUCAUCUCGUUUGGCAUCUGACUUGAUGAGUUGUUGCUUU